GUAAAACUCAGCACAUGGAUAGCACCGCCUGCCAAAACUAAAACAAUUACCUAAUUCGUCAAAGUCCAGAGAUAUGGGAAACUCUCUAAAUGUACUAACCUUGCUUUUGGACUUCUGUGGUUUCUCUUCUGACUAAUUGUUCAUGUUAAGUAUGUCAAUCUAGAACAUGUUUUUUUUUAAAAGAUUUAUUUUAUUUAUUAUAUGUAUUUAUGUAUUAUAUGUAUAUACUGUAGCUGUCUUCAGACACCAGAAGAGGGAAUCAGGUCUUGUUACAGAUGGUUGUGACACACCAUGUGGUCGCUGGGAUUUGAACUCAGGACCUCCGGAAGAGCAGUCAGUGCUCUUAACCACUGAGCCAUCUCUCCAGUCCCCCAGAACAUUUUAUGCUUAAAAGCUCACCCUGAGAAAGCCUUGCGGCUACAAUGGGAUCUUGAACAACACCCAGUGUAGUUGCUGGCUGGCUAAUAAAGACUUUUUAUUGGCUUAAAUCCGUGUCUUAGCAGUCUCCUCUGGUGGCUACCCCACAAUAUUCUUAAAAAAAAGAAAGAAAAGAAAAAAAGCAAGGCAACAGAAAAAGAUUAGUGGGGCUGGUUUAAGGUUACUUGGGACUGGGUUUCAGACCCAGCACCCACGUGACAGCUCACAACUGUUUGCAACGCCAGUUCCAGGGGAUCCGGCGUCUUCAUAAGACAUCAGACAUAAGUAUGGUACAUAUACAUACAGGUAGGCAAAACAUUCCUACAUAUGACAUUCCUAAAAAAGUAAAAAUAAAAAGUCUGUGGCUGCCAGAGGAAGGAACGCUAGGACCACAUAGAGAGACCUUAUCUGGAAAAGCAGCAAACUGCUACAGCUUGGGAAUUUCCUGAGAGGCAAUUCAUUUUGACAUUGUAGGAAUAUACAAACGUGACCAUCAUGUUUCUGGCAUGGGGUGCUCGUGACACACUUAUUGACAAGAGAAAAACUGAAAACUGUUUAUGGGAAGGCUGGGAAUUUGUGAGCACCUAUUUUUGUCUUGAGACUUUCACCUUGCCUAUGUUAAAUUAGCUUAAACAUUUCUAAUGUCAAGGUACCAAUUCUAUGCCAACAUAGUUAAAAUAGGAUCAGAUAUAGAUCCUGUAUCUCUCAUCAAAACACUAAAAGAAUUAUUUUUAAUGGUGUGUGUGUGUGUGCCUCAGGAGACAAGAGGUGUUGAACUGCCUCAGAACUGGAGUUCCAGGCAGUUGUAAACCAUCUGACAUGGGAGCUGGGAAUAGAACUUUCGUCCUCUGGGAGAACCAUAUACACUCUGAACCAAUGAAUCAUUCUUUUAGGUCCAAAUACACUCCCCCACACGCCAGUUUCUGAGUUUACUGUCCCUGCAGAUUUAGGGACACAGUUUCAAGCCUAGGCAUGUGGUAAGAAACCUCAGGACACAGCCAGAUCCUAAUUAGUGUUUUGAGUAUGGACAAGUUGGCCGGCCCAGGAGAGAUGAUGGAUGGAAGGUUCUUGAAUCUUACAAAACAUCCAGUUCAGGUCAGAUGCACAGGUCACUCUGGGCUUCGGCUGCUUUCAUUGCAGAAGGUGGAAAAGGACGGCCUCUGGUGGUUCCGCCCGACGAUUGCUUCUUUCACCUUUUUUUUUUUUUUGGAGCUAAGGUCAGGCUACGACCCAAAGCCUUCUUAAGGCUAAAGAGUUCCGAGCAAGACGGGCCGCAGUCACAUCCCCUCUUAAGACAAACGCGGAGGCAGGCCCUCGGAGUAGACGCAUUUUUCCUGAGGUCACCCAGUAGAGAAUUAAGAAUUGAACAUAUGUCUUUCUGCACCAUGGUUCUGACUCUUGAAUGACUCCAUUUUUUUUUUUUUUAAAUAGACACUUAGGAGUAUUCGCAGGAACGAACCAUUCUGGGGUCCCAAGGCGCUAAUAACCUGGUUCUCCAUGGCGCCUUGAUCGGACGUUUUAAGCCAAGAGCAAGGCCAGUCAGUAUCCUCCUUCCGGGAUACUUAAGCCUGUCACUCAUAAUGGUAAAACUCCGCCCGCCCCGGAGCAUCUCGGUAAAUGUAGUUCUACCUUUAUUAAGACUGUGGGGUAUAAGUGCUAUGUAGAACUUCAUUUCCCCGAUGGCUGCGCGCUCCGUUACCUGAGCUAGAGCUGAAGGGCCGAAACCUUCAUCUAAGAUUUUUUUUUUUAAGUUCUUAGGAGGAAAGUGUGACAGCGAACUGAGGCUUUUGGCUGCUCGGCGGGUCACCUCAUCUGGAAGAGCGGGAGGACAAGAGCUUGACGCCUAUCGAACGACCCGACUUCCGGUCGGCGGACAAAAACCUAGGGCGCUUCUCCUUUAAUUGCGGUGGGCGGGACGCGGCGACGCCACCGGCGUUGCUAUUGGUGGCGAUUGGGGGCGCGGAAACUGAACUGGCACAACUGCCGACCCAGCUAUCUCUGGCACUUGGGGCACAGCUGGUCCUACCAGCCCGCUAGCCCCGCUAUGGCUGCUCCCAGCCAGGAGGACCCCUCACUGGAGAGACAUUUUAAGGGCCACCGAGAUGCAGUCACCUGUGUGGACUUCAGUCUCAACACCAAGCACUUGGCCAGUGGCUCCAUGGACUCAACCCUCAUGAUCUGGCACAUGAAGCCCCAGUCACGUGCCUACCGCUUCACGGGCCACAAGGACGCUGUGACCUGUGUGAAUUUCUCCCCAUCGGGACACCUUCUUGCCUCAGGCUCCCGAGACAAGACUGUUCGCAUCUGGGUACCCAAUGUCAAAGGUGAGUCAACUGUAUUUCGUGCACACACGGCCACAGUGAGGAGUGUCCACUUCUGCAGCGAUGGCCAGUCACUUGUGACAGCCUCUGAUGACAAGACAGUCAAAGUGUGGUCAACUCAUCGCCAGAGAUUCCUGUUUUCCCUGACCCAGCACAUCAACUGGGUCCGCUGUGCCAAGUUCUCCCCUGACGGGCGGCUCAUCGUGUCUGCCAGUGAUGACAAGACUGUCAAGCUGUGGGACAAGACCAGCCGGGAAUGUAUCCACUCAUACUGUGAGCACGGCGGUUUUGUCACCUACGUGGACUUCCACCCCAGUGGUACCUGCAUUGCUGCUGCCGGCAUGGACAACACGGUGAAGGUGUGGGAUGCGCGGACUCAUCGGCUGUUGCAGCAUUAUCAGUUACACAGUGCAGCCGUGAAUGCCCUCUCCUUCCACCCAUCGGGAAACUACCUCAUCACAGCCUCCAGUGACUCAACGCUGAAGAUCCUGGACCUGAUGGAGGGCCGGCUGCUCUAUACGCUCCAUGGGCACCAGGGGCCUGCUACCACCGUUGCCUUUUCAAGAACGGGGGAGUAUUUCGCUUCUGGAGGCUCCGAUGAGCAGGUGAUGGUCUGGAAGAGUAACUUUGACAUUGUUGAUUAUGGAGACAUGAAGGCACGGAGGCCCCCACCCCUAACCAGCUCUUCUGGAACUCUGGCAGAGACAGGAGUCUGGAGUCAGUUCAAGGCGAGCCCCAGGAGUCCAUCAGCAUGCCUCAGACACUGACCAGCACCCUGGAGCACAUCGUGGGCCAGCUGGACAUCCUCACGCAGACAGUGUCCAUUCUGGAACAGCGACUGACACUAACAGAAGACAGGCUGAAGCAGUGCCUGGAGAACCAGCAGCUAAUCAUGCAGAGAACGCCACCGUGAUGAGGGGAGCAAGGAUCAGGAGCUCAGUGAUUGGGGGGACAGCAGGCCAGGGAUUUGUAUGGGGACUUGAGUAAAUAAAUAAAGGGAUCCCACCUGAGAGAGCCACAUCUUACCCAGUCUGGGAUUGGGUGCCCUCCUCCCCACCCCUGCAAGUGCUGUCUGUACCUGGAGCCUCUCCAUCUGACAAUGGGACGCUCCCAGUGGGCAGAGCCACACAAAAAGGAGACUGGAGACCCAGAAGGCAGGGCCACAUGCAGUUUAACAAACUCAGAAUCCUAAGAUGGUGGUCUUUCCUCUCUCUCUCUCUCUCUCUCUCUUUCUCUCUCUCUCUCUCUCUCUCCUCUCUCCUCUCUCUCCCUCCCUCUCCUCUCUCUUCUCUCUCUUUCUUUCUCUCUCUCCUCUCUCUCUCUUCUCUCUCUCCCUCCCUCCCUCUCCUCUCUCUCUUCUCACUCCUCUCUCUCUCUCCCCUUGCUAGGUCUUCAUUUACCUCACCUUCAGCCUCCCGACUGGUUUCUAAGUUGACUUCUCUUUCCUUAGACGAGCCAAGAAUUUCUUUCCAUUUGACCCCUCCCCCUGCCCAAAGCCCCCCAGGGGACCCACCCGGGUUAGGUUUGUUCAGGACAAGCUGGAUGGGAUAGGUAGAGCCUUUGCAAUGCCCUUAAUUCCUGUCACCACAUAUAUUCACCAAGACCCAUGGCUUCCUCCUUUCUAUAGCAUGAGAGUAAAGGAAUCUGAAAAUGCA